UGGGCGCUAAAAGUUGGGAGAAAAAUGCGAUCUUUGGAGUGAGUGAUGAAUGCUUUUGGGUUUCCUGAUUUGAAGAUAAACUUGAAAGCGCAAAAUAUAAGGAAGCGAGUUUGUAGAAGAAACUGCUUACGUUACAGACUUACUGCUUCCUCAAAAAACACGAAUGACUCCUCUUUUUGGGACGGUUGGAAACUAAGCCAUUUAUUUCGACAGUUUUUAAAGAAAACAGGACAUUUCCCUCUUCGUGAACGACAAUUGUAUGUAUUCCCUCAACCUGAUAGCGUUUUAAAGUUACCUCCUGCAAAAAUAACACCGGAACAGGAGUUUCAAAAGCUAUCAGAGGAUGUACGUUUCAAACAAAACUUUGAAGCAACAGAACAGUCUUCUCCAACUGACAAACAGCAACAACUCGUAUGCAUAUCCAAUGCCAACGCCACUCUAUUUGGUCAGCUUAUUCAGUAUUCUCAAGACAAAAGCAAGGUAUGGGUACGGCCUCUGCUUCUUAUGGAGGAAGAAAUAGAUACGGUUUUUUUCGAAACACCGGGAACCACGCACAAAAGCUACUAUAGCUUAGUAAACUCCCAGGACUUGCUAUUACCUGCCCAGCUGGUUGUGCCAUACAACAACGGUUUAACAGGUCUGUUGAAUAUUCUACCUGAAACCGUUGCCGAAAAAUUCGACAGCUUUAGUCAAAAAGAAAUGGCCUCCCAAGUCUUGUUUCGCUUUCUUCAAAGUUUUCAUCACUAAGUUAUGGCAAUAGAAGACUUCAUA